CGCACGGACCACCACAAACCCUCUUGUGGCCCUCAAUUUUCCACUCCCUCCAAAAGAUCUAGAUCUCCGAAUUUCUUGUUUCCCCUCGACGAACUUUUGAGAAAGCCUCCAACGACGACAAGAUGGCGCCCCUUUCUUACUCGAAGACCGCUAAGGUCCCGCGUCGUCCCUUCGAGGCCGCUCGAUUGGACUCCGAGUUGAAGCUCGUCGGCGAGUAUGGUCUCCGGAACAAGCGUGAGGUUUGGCGCGUCCUCCUUACUCUGUCCAAGAUCCGUCGUGCAGCCCGUCAGCUUCUCACCCUCGAGGAGAAGGACCCCAAGCGUCUCUUCGAAGGCAAUGCCCUCAUUCGCCGCCUGGUCCGCGUUGGUGUCUUGGACGAGUCCCGCAUGAAGCUCGAUUACGUCCUGGCCCUGAAGGCUGAGGAUUUCUUGGAGCGCCGCCUCCAGACCUGCGUCUACAAGCUCGGCCUCGCCAAGUCCAUCCACCACGCUCGUGUACUGAUCCGCCAGCGCCACAUUCGCGUCGGCAAGCAGAUCGUGAACGUCCCGUCGUUCGUUGUCCGUCUCGACUCCCAGAAGCACAUCGACUUUGCUCUCAGCUCGCCCUUUGGUGGUGGCCGCCCCGGCCGUGUGCGGAGAAAGAAGGCCAAGGCCGCCGAGAAGGGCGACGAUGCCGAGGAGGAGGAUGAGGAGUAGAUUCAACGAACUCACCAUCAGGGAACGGCUAUGAAAUGGUCUACGAAAACGGUUUCGGCGGGUUUAUUUGGUCUUCGCCUCUGCCCUUACGGUGUUUGUAGUCAGGCAUGAUAUCCAUCAAAUAAAGGCACAGACGUGUCUGAAAAGUCAAGGCCUUCCGACUCCG